AUGCCUGAGAUCCCAAGAUUACCAAGAUUAAAGCCAAGCACUGUGAUCAGUAAAGAGAAGCGGGAGAAGCUUGAUGCUAUUUUGGGACCACUGACACUUACUAAUGAAAUUCUGACAAGGAUCAUGGCCGCCUUUCGUGAGCAGAUGCUGCUGGCCAGCAGUACAGAUGAAAAUGCGCGUAAGAAGUCAGACCAUCUCAUGAUGAAUACAUUUAUACGAGAGCUUCUGGACGGUACAGAACAAGGCGACUAUCUGGGACUGGAUUUAGGAGGAACCAAUUUCCGUGUGGUGUUAGUCAGAUUCAAAGACGGAGUAGCUGAAACUACAACGCAGUAUUACAGUCUCACAGAUGAAUGUCUCAGCGGACCUGCAGCCGGACUGUUUGAUUUCAUAGCUGACAGCAUUGAAGACUUUGUGCACAAGCAAGGACUGGCAAAUUCAGAGAAGACAAUUCCUUUAGGCUUCACAUUCUCAUUUCCUUCUACCCAACUGGCUCUCAACAAGCAAGUGCUUCUAACAUGGACAAAAACUUUCAAGUGCCCUGAUGGGGUAGGAGAAGACCCCGUUGCCAUGUUGGAGGCUGCAAUUAAGAGAAGAACUAAGGAUCUGCCAGUGGAUGUUGUGGUUGUGAUGAGUGAUACUGUCAGCACCCUGAUGGCGGGCAAUUAUCUAGACAAAAAAUGCCGAGUGGGUUUGAUAUUAGGCACUGGCUGUAAUGCAGCUUUUGUGGAGAACAUUUCAGACAUUGAGAAGUGGACAGGAGAUGAUAAGGAUCCUAGACAUGUUAUAGUAAAUGUCGAGUUGGGGUCUACUGGUGAUGGAGGCUGUUUGGAUUUUUGCCGGUCUGAGUAUGAGAAGGAAGUUGACAAAUUCUCAAAUCACCCAGGAUCAUUUACGUUUGAGAAAUCAUUUGCUGGCAUGUACCUUGGAGAGCUAGUUCGUCUGGUUCUGGUGCGUUUGAUCAGAGAUGGAAUAUUGUUUGGAGGACAAGGGGGAAAAUUAGUUGAUGCAAGAUGGAAGUUCACCACAACUGAUGUAACUAACAUUGAAAGUGACGUGGGUGACUCUACCAACAACACAAGAGGGGUGCUAAAGAAGUUUGAACUAGAUUCAAUAGCAACAGAUGAAGAUAUAGCUAUAGUCAGAGAAGUGACUGAAUUCAUGUCUGUGAGAGGAGCUUACAUUGUAGCAUCUGUGAUGUCUGUUCUGGUCAACUAUGUUCGUCUACCAGAAGUUACAAUUGGCAUAGAUGGCUCAUUGUAUGAGAAACACCCAAAAUUCCAUGAUGCAAUGAUGGAGAUAUUUGAAAAAUAUAGUCCAAACACAAAGGUCAACUUGAUCCUGGCAAAAGACGGCAGUGGACAAGGGGCAGCCUUUGCAGCAGUUUCAGCCUUGAAGCAGGCUGCUAAAGGGAUCAGAUGCUCAUAA